AUGGCUUCAGAACCAUCGACAGAGACACAGCGGGGAGUUUACGAUGUCCCGGAGCAGGACUACGAGCGUAGCUCGACUCCUCGGCCAGAUGCUCAAUCGAGAACCCCAACGCCUACUUCCUUUGAGGUCGCGGAUAAACCUGUUGAUUCAGGCUCACGGAAGCCGGAGCCCGUGGAGAAUAGACUUCGUCCUGCAGCAGACAUAAUCAACCGUAUUAUCUGGGACCCUGCCUUUGAUGGGACCAAUUACGUCAUUGGCGGUCAAUCUUUACCGAAAUUCAUAUACACCUACGCCGCAAUGACCGCAAGGCGCCACAGGAUUGACUUCUCCCUGCGAAGACGACGUAUCGACUUGUCGAAUACGUCGUCUGGCAGUAUCUCUCCACCAGUACCUAUUCUCCAGUCGCCCGUCACGUUCCAAGCGUUCGCAUCAGUCAGCGUCUCCGAGGCAACACUCAAGCAGAAGAACAAAUUAGAAAGGGAUCCCGUGAGGCCGUCUAUGUUCCUGGAAGAGAAGGAUGACGAUGAGGCCCCGAAUUCUGCUCUGACUGGCGGUGCACCACUGGAUGUCAAGCCAGUUCAUAUAGAGCGUAAGAGUGUGGAGGAGAAGCCGAUGACUCGAACGAAAAGCCAGUACUUCGAAGACGCCUUCAGCACUAGGGGCCCGUUGACCUCACCCAGAACUCAAAUCAGCCAGGAUUCUGUCGUGGUGGUAGAGAUCAAGAUCAACACCAAGAAAUCCGAAACCCUUAUGAUGACCACCAUCCAAGAGGAUGCAUGCAUCCAAUUCGGCAGAGUAAACCUGCCAGCCUACCUGAUGAAAGUCUUUGCACUGCCAUAUCUCAUCGCGCCAAUAACCAACCUUCGUAGCACUAUUCUGAUCCAGGCAGCUCUUCAGGAAAUUCUUCACGUGGCUCCAAACCGAGGAGUCAUCUUAUAUAUUCCAAUCCCAGAGGAAAAUUUCGCGACCAACGGGGUUACCAUGAUGGGUGAAAUUGCACGACUGGAGCGCUCUUCCCCGGAUCACGGCUCCGGUUUAUUCAAAACUGUCUCACGAACCAUGAGUCGAAGACUGAAAUCUACCAGUUCACAGAGCGCUCCGAUUUCGGUUGCAACCACCUCUUCGUGGGCCUGUGGGGGCACACAGGCGCCAUCUCCCGAGAAAGAGUCACAAGCUAGUGAUGCUACGGACGGCGAUGUCAGGUCGAAGUCAAUUGGUCCUCCUGUUGCUCUUGAUAGAAAGAAGAAUUCUUCUAUCAGAUUUAACACACACUCGAGACAUAUGGAGCCAAGCAGCACCACAGGCAAUCUCUUAGAGAUUCAAGGUAGUCUUUUCGACGCCCCGGAGGGAGCAGCACUGAUUCAUGCAUGUAACUGCCGUGGCACCUGGGGAAAGGGAAUAGCGAGGGUCUUCCGAAGCAAUUACCCUGCUGCAUAUGAAAUCUAUCGAUCCCACUGCCGACAAUUCUCUUCCAAGCCCAGGCACAAUACUAUUACGACUAGCGUUGGCGCAAGAAGAGCUCGACUGCCAGAGGGGACUGCUCUAAUUAUUCCACCGCAGGAGAAGGACUACGAGAACGACAGCAGGAAACGUCAUUGGAUCAUCUGCCUUUUCACAUCGCGAGGGCUGGGAAGGAUGGUCAGCCCUGAAAACAUAGUGCUGGAGAAUACCGAGCUUGCCAUCGCAGACAUGAAGGAACAACUUGAUCGGAUUGAAUACCAGGAGGGUAGAUUCCUUGAGCUUUGGUCGUGUCGGUUCAACUCCGGGCUAUUUGGCGUUCAGUGGGCUCGUUCAAGGGAGAUAUUGAAGAAGUCCGGACUUGAUGUUACAGUUGUGACACCGGCUGAUGAGUGA